UUUUUGAGAACAAAUGCUCACAUUUUUUAUCUUCUCUUUCAGCUUUUUUACUCAUUUUUCAAGUCUUUGGUUGGGAAAGAAGUUAUUGUGGAACUGAAGAAUGACCUCAGGUAUAGGAAGGUGUUGCUAAUAAUGUACAAGUUUAACUGACAGUCUUUCGCACGUGAGUGCUUUAGGUUUGUUUAAAACAAAUUUAGGUCAGUGUAAGAUUUAGAAGUCGUGAGGCAUUUUUAUGAGGAAUUUUCGGGUGUUUCAGGACCUUAAUCUAUAUAAUGAAUGGCACAAGACUUCUGAUCUGUCUUAUUGGUAAAAAAAAAUAGCUCUCAUCAGAUCUAUAGCGGCCGGAUUGCGGUACAAUGCAGCUGCAAAUGUGUUCGAGAAUCUUUCAGUUGCCGUGCUGCAAUACAAUUAUUGAGAUAUUUUCAAUUUCCAUCAUAUUCUGUAGGUGGACCAUUAUAACUAAAGUAAUCAAUUUGCAGAACACGAGAUUCGAAAAUGAACAUUACACUUCUUUUUUUUUGACAGUGUACAUGGAACGUUAGACUCGGUCGAUCAGGUAACCUUAUGAUUUUAUUGUCUUGAGUAUGAUAAGGUGCAGUUGUACAGAGAAUGUUUAGCUCUACCACUGAAAUCAAUUCGCAUAUCUUGUAGUGCCUAAUCUGAAAUAAUUUUUAUAAUUUAAUUCUCUUUUUACUGCAGUUUCUAAACAUCAAAUUAACAGAUAUAAGCCUGACAGACCCGGAUAAGUAUCCUCAUAUGGUAUGUAUAUAUAGUUUCUAUCAAUUGUUUUAGUCUUAGAUCAAAGACUUGGUUUUUCUUUGGGUAGUUCUGCUAAACAAUAAUAGAGGGAGUCAUCAAUUAUGAUUAAAAUAUACACAGUACUGAACAACGAGCAAUUCCAUGAAAUAUUAUAACAUGUCUAUAAUUUGAAUUUCAGCAUGUCACCAAGUAUCUCAACAAUGAGAGUUUUUCAUGCUUUUCAGUUUAUUUAUCAAUAAAUUAAUUAAUAACUAUCUGGUGAUGGUAUGACAGCUUUAGCUUAAAUUUGUUUUCCCCUUUUAGUUGUCAGUUAAAAACUGCUUCAUUAGAGGAUCAGUAGUCAGGUAUGUUCAACUGCCGGCAGAAGAAGUUGAUACAUCACUGUUACAAGAUGCCACGAGAAAGGAAGCAGCCCAAAACAAAGCUUGA